GCUUUAUUGAAAGUCAAAGAAGGCUGAUUUGUAUAAAACGUUUGAUUCCUUUUAGUAGCAGCUAUGAUACAGCAGGUGGCAAUGUUGGAACUAACAUAAAUAUUGUGUGUUACAACCUUUAUUUUGGAAAAAGAUCGAGGAAGUAGCCUACAUCUUCUUGUUUCCGGAACAAAAACAAACAAAAAAGAGAUGUGUUCGAAGCGUACCGUCUGCCUAUGGUGUGAAGUCUCCGGACAUUGACCGAACACUGCAUUGCAAAUGAGCUAGUAGGCCUAUACUAUAAGUGUUUAACAUAGAAAUAGUACCAAGUCAAGGGAAUGUCCAAUACCGUCGCCUUUCAUGCUCAGCUAGCCUCCAUCAUUGAGGUUUUGGCGAAUGCAGCCGUUGCAGAAAUCUGCAAACUUGUAGAUGACGGCCAUGCUGCCUUACGUUUGGAAAUUUCCCAUAGCCAGAAAGAAAUCGAUAACCUGCGGAGGAAGCUGCUUUUGACAAAGUUCCAGAAUUCUAGACGGAGCGCAGAGAGAUUCGGAGCCCUGCGACGCACAGUUCACAGGCGAGUGGACACCGAUCAUGUUGCCCGGGAAAGAGAGAGCUUCGUAGGAAAGCCAACAGUGGAAAAUCGUUUUGCCUACAGUGAAGGAGGCAACUGUAUGCAGGAUGUCACCAACUGGAGAGACUCAGGACGCACAGCGACAGACCAGGAUGGGGGCAUGCAGAUGGCAGACAUGCAAGAGGCACCGCUUAUCAAAAUGGAGAACCUUGACACCAGCAUAACAGAAGAGAUUGUCCAACCGGUCAGUGAGACCAGUGACAAGAUCGUUGUGGCCGAACCAGGUGCUUCAUCAUCUAUUGAAACCACAGACAUUCUGGACCAGCAGAGAAACAGACACAGAGCUCCAGACACCGCACUCAAUAUAGAACCUGAAAACCAGACGUUCCAGCAUCCAGCGUCACCAUACAACAGAGCAACACAGGACCAUCAGGUUGCUAAGUGUGUGACCUGGGAAACUGACCAUCAACCCAUAGCAUACAGCCUGUCCCAAUGGACAGAGAAGCAAGAGACUGACAACCGAACUGUGAAUGCUCCUCACAAUGCAGGGCCAGACUCCAAGAGGCUGUCUGAACAUCCAGAGAGGAGAGGGGCACCUGGUAACUCUGGGGUCUGCAUGUCUGCUUUGGGCUCUCUGGACUGGCUGCCUGAUGUGAUGCUGGUGGACUCGGUUCCUAUUAAAGUGGAGGCAGAUAUGAGUUCGGAAUGGAGCAUAACGGGUCAAGAGGUGACAUCUGGAGAGGUCUAUUCAGAGCGCAGGCAGCUUGUGGACAACAUAGGAAGAGGGGGAAUGGAGUCUGGACAGACAAAGUGUCCCACUGACACUCAAAACACAGAGCAAGGGUCAACUGUAGGAUCAAGAUCCAAGUUGCCAGAUUUCAACGGACUGUCCACCCCAAACAGUUUUUCAUCCCCAAGGGUUACUCUCCAACAGGUUCCCCAAAGAGGGAAGCAAGCCCCCUUCCCGAAUUUCAACAGAGGCUCAACUUCUUCAUCAAAAGGCAUGGAAAAGCAGCCGCAACAGCUGACGUCUCACUCCACCAAGAGGCAGCUCCGGUGCAGCCUCUGCGGAAAGCCCUUCCCCCAGCCGGCAUACCUAAGGAGGCACAUGCGGGUCCAUACGGGGGAGAAACCAUACGGCUGCAGCCACUGCACCAAGCGCUUCUCCCACAGCCACCAGCUGAAGAUGCAUGAGAGGGUGCACACCGGAGAGAAACCGUUUCAAUGUGUCUACUGCGGGAAGUCCUUCACCCAGUCUGGCCACAUGAAGAGGCACCUCCUCGUCCACACUGGCGGCAGGCCACAGGACGUUGGGCUGCCCUGAGUGUUCCAGGGUGAAGUUUCUCCUAGGUACAGAUCUAGGAUCAGCUUCCUCUCCCCCAAUCCUAACCUUAACCAUUAGUGGGAAAAAAUGCUAAACUGACCAAAGAUCAGCUUCUAGAGGCAACUUCACACCACUCCACCUGACAUAAUGAUAGUUAGGGCCAGGAGUUUUCCCUCACAAUGUGACCAGACCAGGAAAAAACUCCUGACCCUAGUUGUAAAGGGAAUGGCUCCACACUACUGGGGUUUUCAUAUGAAAACUAGGUCUAUGUGUUUUUAACAGUUUGGAUGGUUUCCACAUUGAACGCUUCCCUUUGUGUGUAGUGGUUGUGUUUUCAGUUCAACUGGCUUGAUGCUUGGUCCAGAGUGGACUGAUCAUGUAUAACUUAUGACAGGUGAAGAUUUUAAACAUCCUUAUGAAUUUGUAUUGGUGCAGUGGCAAACCAAAGUACAGUAUUUUUAUUUAAUUUAAUGUAUUAUUUAUUUUACCAGGUGAGUUGACUGAGAAUAGGGAAAAGGGGAUACCUAGUCAGUUGUACAACUGAACGCAUUCAACUGAAAUGUGUCUUCCGCAUUUAACCCAACCCCUCUGAAUACAGUGUCAUUUACAGCAACGUCCUGGGGUAAGUUACAAAUCAGAGGCCUAGUUAAAAUAUAUAGUUAACAUACAGAAAUAUAAGAAAGAAAAAAAUACAAUAAAAUAAUCUAUCUCAUAAGAUUUCUAAUUUCCCUUUGCCUCUCAACAAGAUGGAUGUACUAUUAGACUGAUAGGCCACAAGCAAGUUAUAGAGAUGUGAUGGAUGGAAUGAAUAUAUAUUUAAUGUCAGUCAUAAUAGAAUAAAGUAGGCUAAUGCGAUUGAAUAAUAAUAAUAAUUUAUAUAGCGCUUUUCUACCAACUGAGGUACUCAAAGUGCUUUAAGGGACAAACUCACCUGAUCCACCACCAAUGCGUGGCACCCACCUGGGUGAUGCACAGUGACCAUUUUUGUGCCAGAACACUUACCAAACAUCAGCUAGAGAGGUGAGGAGUGAUAUAUGCCGAUUAGGUGGCCAUGAUGGUAUGAUAGCCAGAUUGGGAAUUUAGCCAGGACACCGGGGUAAACACCCUUAAUCUUACGAUAAGUGCCAUGGGAUUUUUAAUGACCACUGAGAGUCAGAACACCCGUUUAACGUCCCAUCCGAAAGACAACGCCCUAUGCAGGGCAAUGUCCCCUUUACUGCCCUGGGGAUCUCAUUAGACCAGAGGGAAGUGCUCUCUACUGGCCUUACAACGCCACUUCCAGCAGCACCUGGUCUCCCAUCCAGGGACCAAACCCUGCUUAGCUUCAGAGGCAAGCCAGCAGUGGGAUGCAGGGUGGUAUGCUGCUGGUAUCAAAUUGAUGGCAUGUGUCAAAUUGUUGUUUACUGAAACUCACAAAGUCAUCCAAUCAAUGUAAUAAAUGUUAAACAAUACCUACCUUCGUGUGGUCAACUAGAUGAUAAUUGUUUUGAUUGGUGCUUUGAGACAAGCUUGGGGACUCGUCUUGAAAAAUCAAUGUCAGAUUAUAAUUUUCACUGAAUCUCCGUUUGGAUAUUGGUUAGGCUGGGGAAAUGUUAUCUAUAGUUGAGGUGAGUGCUGCUCUCAUCAUCUUGUCUAGUUGGCUCAUUUAUUAGAAUAUUUUGCCAGCAUGUUACAUAGUCUUAACAGGUGGAUUAUGUUGAUCUUCACUCCAGUCGUUUAGUAGCCUAGGCCUACUCCCGACCAAAAACCUUUUGUUUCACUAAAUCUCCAUCUGUAACUAUAGGUAGGCUACUUGGUUAAUUCAAUGGCUGCGCAAAUAAGUAUUCGUUUGCUCAUCUAUUACUGAUCAGAAACAUUUAGCAUGCAAUAAUGUAGCCUAAAUCAAGUGUAGCCCAUUUUUUUUGUUCGAUCGCGUAUAGGCAACUCUAAAAGCCCGCGGAGGAUGUGAAAUAUGAACACGAGACUCACAUGCUUUUGAAAAUAUAGAUUGCUAUUAUUUUCUAUCGGUAUCAUGACGAAGAUACUAUGAAUGCACCCUAACAAAGUGGAGUGAGGGUAGAGAUGAAACGUGGAACAAAAAAGCAUGGACUUGGGCUCUGUUUCAAAUUACCACUAUUUUAUAUGACAGCGGUUCCACACGUCACAUUUUUAUAACCUUUAUUCCAUUAUAUUCUUACUAUAAAAUAUGUGUUGACUGUGAUCGGGUAGGUGGGUCUUGUCUGUUCAAUUAACAAAAUAAUUAACUAUUAAUUUCAUUCAACAAAAUAAUUAACUAUUAAUUUCAUUCAUUUGGACGUAACGUAGCCUAAUUAAACCCAAAAUAUGCUAUUCUAUUAUUUUGAAAAUACAUGUUUAUUAGUCUUGUAAUGUUUCUUAGGACCUGCCUGAAAGCAUUAACAAUGGAUUUCUUUUUGAUGGUAUAUAUAUAUUUCAGUGGAUUUAUUAAAAUAGAUGCCCACCCACAUCUAAACACCAAUAGUAGCACUCAACAGCGGCAUGCGCAUGGGAGGUAUAAAAGGUGUGUUCAGGCAAGAAUGUCGUAAAAAUUUGCAUGUUUGUAAGGGGGUCAUAUAAAAAUGGCCCAAAAGACCGUAAAUCCUUUGUGAAAGCAGUAUUACAUAUUUAAAGCAUUUUUGUUAUUGUGGAGUACUCCUCUACAGUAGGUGGCGGUGUUGUACUUUCAAUUGAAUUGCACAGUCCAGUUUAUGAUGACAUUACUGUGAAGAUGAGGAAAAAUAAAAAUAUCACCAGCUGCUUACAAACAAAGCUAGCUAGCGAUGUUUAGUUUGUGCCAUGAUUGUAUCAAUUUUAUUAGCUAGCUAGAUAAUUGUGAAUGAUCAUAAUAUAGAAAAACACAAAGACUGUUUCAUUGAAGCGUCGUGAGACAAUGUCGGGUUCCGUGGUAGAUUUCCAGGCGCACAUAGCCUCAAUCAUGGAGGUGCUAGCCAAUGCGGCUGUAGCCGAAAUCUGCAAAGUUGUUGACGAUGGCUAUGCAGUUGUACAUCUGGAGAUGUCCCAAAGCCACAAGGAGAACGAAUUUCUCCGGAGGAAAAUGAAACUGAUGGAACUUCAGGUCGCGAGGUUUCGAGCAGAGAGAACAAAGUCUUCAGAGGGGUCCGUCCACAACCGCUUCCAUGGAAUACGCCUGCUGAACAGACACAACAAUCGAGAGACCGCAACGACAGGACCUACUUGGCAAAGCAGAGCCAGACUUUCCAACAGGAGUUUUGGGAAUAGCAGCAUUCAAAGAGACAGACAGCCCAUAGACGUGGACCAUGAGGAUGUCUCUCCGUCAAAGCAUAUGGAUGCUACAAGUGAUGAGCAGUCAGGAGAGACAGAGGAAGGGGAACUAGACCUGCUGAUCAUCAAGGAAGAGGGAGAAGCAGAUGACCAGGACUCUAGGUCCAGCCACCCAGCCAGAACAGUGGAGGGCAGCAGAGAGCUAACCACCCAACCGGCUGCAGCCACCACAGAGGACCCCGCCUUCCAGUCCAGUGGCCCCAGAGGCAACAACAACUACAACAACACCGCUAUGGAGGUCAGUGGAUCUGACGACGUCCUCCUCCAAUCAGAAACAGGGAAUAUGAACCAGGGACCCCAGCAGGACACAGAAUUUGAACUCCAAGCAGAGAGACAGAGUCUGGACACAAAGUGUGACAUGAACAGGGAUCUCACUCUUCUAAGAGAUUCUUUAAACCAGGUGUGGAGAGAGGUAGUAGUGACUGAUGAUGGUGCCUCUGCUGCUCACACUAAAGUAAUGGACCUAGGGAGUGGCUCAGUGGGCCCAGAAAUGCAGACUAGCUCUGCCAUAGAAAUGAGAAGUGUAGGGUUAGAAAACCACAGGUUCCACUCCUCAUCAGAACAUGUGAUAGUGAUUGACUCUGUAUCCAGUGGGCAGCAGGUAGAUAGAGAUUUUGAGUGGGGUCAGGUGGGUACAGCUACUACACCACAGGUCAAGGGGACUGGAAAUAAGCAGGAAGUGGGAGUGUUUAACAGAAACACACCAAUGAUUCACCACGAAUCGAUGAGAGACAACACUAUGCAAUUGGUUUCACCCAGCUUCCGGCCCUCAGAAAUAAAUACAGGCAUGCAUCUUGGCACAGGAAAUGCAGGUGAGGCCAACAAAGCUAGUUGGUGCUCAUUGGCAAGCCUCCAUAGACACUCUGAAAUACCAGGAAGAAGAGCUGAACAACCAGCUCAAACCCCACUUCCUGUCAGCCAUUUUAGACCAAGCGCCACAACUUCCUCUCACUCGAGUAAUCUCGCCACAGACGUUAGACCUGGCACCGUAGAACGACCGUACGGUUGCCCAAGCUGCAAUAAGAAGUUUGUCCACGAGAGCGACUUGCGGCAGCACGCUGUCAUCCACACCAGAAAGCGGCCGUUCGCCUGCACCUUGUGUGAGAAGAGAUUUGUGUCCCGCGCCAAGCUCCAAAUGCACCUGAACGUCCACACUGGCGAGAAGCCCUUCAGUUGUGCACAUUGCGGGCGCAGGUUCUCCCACUCCAGCAAUCUGAAAAGACAUCAGAAGCUUCAUCAUUGAGAAAUUGCACAGAAGCAAGAGAUUCCUAUUGAAAAAUGCUGUUAUAGCAAUAUCAUGAGUUCUAACGUAGUCAUAUGUCUGCAGGAUGUUUGCCUUGGUCUCAUACGUUUACAAUACAACGUGGUUCAUAUUUACAUUAUCUACAAAGAUACGUUUUCUUGGCUUCUUUAAGGCCAACAGCAUCACUCACAUUGACUGUUAAGGUUGAUAAUGGUUCAAUAUAGGUGCCUCAGACUAAAGUUAUAGCAGAUCCUGCAGUUGUACUGUGAGAGUGAAAAACGGUCCUUUUGUACCAAUUUGACCAAUGGCUAUUGCUGUUUGUUUGUCAAUUCCUAUAAUUCCAUCAAUAAAUAAUAUUUUUCAAAGAA